CAUGUCUACACUUACCUGCGUUUGGUACGUGAUCGUGUUGAGUCGAUUGAGGCGAUAGUGUCGUCCGUACCGCACCUUGCUGUAGUUAGGCCUAGCAGUGUGGUGACCUUUCAGAUCUGUCAACGUAGAAAACUUUACGGUUUAUAUGAAAUGAUCCUGUCAAAGGAAAGAAACUAUUUACUGCUAUGGCAACGGAGCUGCGCUUGUCUAAUGGGUGUCUGAUGGCUUCGGGUGGAAGAAGAUUACAGAGAACUUCUAGUUUCACGGAAAUAACAGAAAAGAAACAGAAAAGAAAAAUGUUCCAAAGCCUAGGAAGAGAAGGGGCAUCUCCAGAAUAUACGUCAUAUACUAGAGAUACCGGAUUCUGGAAUCGCUCAAAGGUGCAACCGAAAGUAUGCCCGACACCGGAACGUCAAUCACCCUCCCAUCUUAUGAGGACUAAUACUGUGCCACAGCGCGAGACACCAGUCAGGGCACCAUUGAUUCGAAGACACAGCACAACAACGGGAAGAACAAGAGUAAGGGAUACUUCAUGCCAAACAGAACUUGAUGUCUUCGAUAUCGGUAAAGGUGUUACAGGUCUAUGGUAUUUAAAUCAGCGAGAUACAAGGAGUCAGGUUACUAGUAGCAAAGGGUGGAAAGAAGAAAAUAGCCCAAAUCGCCAAGCUAUACCGAAAGUGAUUCAUCCAGAGAUAUCAGGGAUUGAAGUCGCAAGUCCAAAACCUAGAUGUCGAAGGAGCCACUCUCUAGCUGUCAAUCGUCCACGUCUUUCAACAGACACAGCAUUUAGUGAAACAUCUUUAGUAGAAAGUGUAGAUUCUAGUGGUGACGGAGGAAGUUGUUUCUCGGCAGACAUUGAAUCCGAUUCGGAUUUCGUAACCGACGACGAAGAAACAUGGGAGAAUCCUAAACAACCGUUAUUAGCAAAGAAAAAAAACCGUAACAAGCUACAGAGGCAAGAAAAUCAAAAAGUUUUAUACACAAAUGAAGCGCUGGAAAGUGUAAACGGCAAUAUAUGCGAAGGGCAAUCAUCUGUUAAGCAACAGAACACUUUGAACACUAACGAGAAUAGUCGACCGAGAAGACCCCCGUCUCCUCCUGAAGAAUACGAAUUAGAAAAUAUAAAGUGUUCCGAAGAAGGUUCAUCCACAAUAGAAAGUAGUUCGAAUGACUCAGAAUCGUCUUCACCAUCUGAUGAAAGUUCAUCUUGUCCAUGCGAAGAUAGCAGUAAUGGUGAAACUGAAGAAGAAUGCCCUCAGUGUCUUCAAGAAUUAGCCGUUGAUGAAAGAGCUCUGUCCCCCGAAGUAGUGGUAAUUAACGAAGAAACAGAAGAGCAACAGGAAGAACACAAUGUUGUGCCAGAAAAUGAGCAUAGGAAAGUCGAACCUUCGUCUCCUGUGUAUCUGAAGCCACCCAUGACUAUAAAUAUGAUUGGAGACAUUAUGCAUACAGGAAAGCCAAUUCCUGAUGAUCUUGAAGAAGGUUCGGAUACAGGAGGAUGCAGAAGAUUGUCAGAAGAGGAAUUUGUUGCCACUCUCAACAUUCACGAGGCUGCUCGUAACGGAGAUUUACACGUCGUGAAACUUUUAUUAAAAAGAGAUUCUAAACGUAUGGAGACCGUAGAUGAAAGAGGGUGGACACCAAUUCAUUUAGCUUCCGCCAAUGGUCAUUCAGAUGUCGUAAAGUUUCUAGCAUUGGAGGGUGCACAUUUAGCAGCUUUGGAUCCAAGUGGGUAUAAUGCUAUUCACAUAGCUGCGAUGAAUGGUCACCAUGAUUGCAUAGAAGUAUUGUUAAGAAUGGGUGUGGAUGUGGAUACGUUAACAACAGACGGCUUCACGCCUCUUCAUUUAGCUACAAUGAACAGUUACGUCGAUUGUUGUCGCACAUUACUCAGAUGGGGAGCAAGUUUGGAAAAAGAGGAUGCACUAGGAAGGAACAUACACGACAUGAUUGAGGAAUAUUCAUUAGAUGAAGUUCAGAUUUUUCUAGAAAUCUUCCAGCAAGAUUGUUUAAGAUUAACCAUGAACAAAAGGUAGCAAAAUGGAAUUUUUCCUGGGUUUUCUAACUUCCCAAAGAAAACUGUGGCCUCUACCAGUGUUCAAAAUUCUGGUAACGAAAAAAAAUCAAACAUUUAUCUAAAAACUUCCUAAAAAAAAACACCUAACUUUUUGCCUUGCUCCAUAGAGCAAAAAGAAUAUAUCUGAACUAUAUUAAACUCUAUUGUGUAUCCACACAAAGAAGAACAAACUGAUAUAGCCCAAAGAACUGUUAUACAUAAAUAUUUUCAGCCUGACGUAGAUAAUUACAUAAGUUAACACGAGUUUUUUUUUUCUUUUUUGUGUAACACACAAUUCAUAUCGACACUGGCUAUUUGUAACUAAGCACAAAAGUGAAGUUUGUUAGAUAUUUUGUACAACACUUUCUUGUACUCACCUCUUGUACACUCUUAUAUCUAUGCACUUUACAUACAAAAUAUUUAUUGAAUUUUUGCACACUUCUAUAAUUACUAUUGUUAAACGACACGGUAAAAAAAAAGAA